AUGACUGACGCGAGGUCAUACCAUAAUGCGCGUGAGCGUCAGCCUGGGUCAACCGAGUCGCAUUCGGCUACGAUGGACUCGGUAGGCCCCACGGCUACGCGUUUCCUUCACGCCGAGCCUGCUCCAGCGCUGCCAACAAGCGAGGCCCCGCUUGCCUAUACGGAACAUACGACAGAAGCGGAUGCCCCACCUGCCAGUACGACGGCCGUUGACCCUCCUGCCUACCAUGUGCCUGUGAACCGUAAAAGCCUGCCUAUCAACAUCCUCGAUCCUGAGGGCGUCGACCGUGUGAGCCGCUCGUUUCAGGAAGAGGCACGUAAGCACGCACAUGAGCCAACGAAGAAAGAUGAUCUCGAGGCACCUCCGCCCAAGCCCCCGAGCUCGGCGGAUCCAUUCGACGAAAAUGCCCGCUUCGAUCUCGGCGCAUUUCUCAAGUAUCAAAAUGAGGUUUUGCGUGAGCGCAACCAUGAACUACCCAGCAUGGGCCUAGCGUUCCAGGACCUUGAUGUAACGGGCUACGGCUCCGGUGCUAAGCUCAACACGAGCGUGGGAUCGAUGAUGCUUACGCCGCUUCAUUUUGUGCCGCUAUUGCGUGAAAUGAUCAAACCCCACGUGAAGCAUAUUCUCAAUGGCGUCACUGGCUGUGUCAAGCCCGGUGAGAUGCUGCUCGUGCUAGGCCGCCCUGGUAGUGGCUGCACAACGCUACUCAAGUCACUGGCGUCGUACCGCGAUGGAUACCGCACUAUCGAUGGCAAAGUCUCGUACGAAGGCUUUGAUCACAAGGUCAUUGACAAUAUUUUGCGUGGUGAAGUGGUCUACGCGCCGGAAGAUGACGAGCAUUUCCCCACGUUGAUGGUGAAGGACACGCUCAGGUUUGCUGCUGCAUCGCGUGCGCCCAGGGGUGACUAUCGUGUGACGUUUGCAGAGAAAGAUUCCCGUCGCGCCUUUACCAAACUUACACGUGAGGCCAUCGCCACGAUUCUUGGUUUGCGUCAUACGUACAACACUGUCGUCGGAGACUCCAUGUUGCGUGGUGUAUCGGGUGGUGAGCGCAAGCGUGUGAGUAUCGGUGAGGUACUGGCUGCGCGUGCCAAGAUCGUCAUGUUUGAUAACUCUUCGCGUGGUUUGGAUGCAUCUACGGCACUAGAGUUUGUCGAGGCUUUGCGUAUCGCCACGGACAUCAAUGGACUCACGACGAUCUCGAGUAUGUACCAGGCUGGUGAGUCCAUCACGCAAACGUUCGACAAGGUUGUUGUGAUGAACCGUGGCUACUGUGUAUACUAUGGUCCCGUGUCCAGUGCUAUGGACUACUUCAAGUCCAUCGGUUUCCAACCGCUCGACCGCCAGACGACGUCCGACUUCUUGGUGGCAUGCACGGACCCUGUGGCCCAGAACGUCAAUCCCGACUUUGAGUACGUGCCGCGUAGCGCAAAGGACAUGGCCGACGCCUUCAACAACUCGGAGUAUGGCCGGGCCAAUCGUAAAGAAGUGGAAGAGUACAUGGCUGAGCUGGAUAGCAAGCAUGCCGAGUCGCGCAAAGAAUAUGUGAGCGUGACGCGUGAUCAGCGCGCCAAGCACGUAAGUAAGCGCAGCAUGUACAUGCUCUCGAUGCCCCAGCAGGUACGCUUGGCGAUCAAGCGUCGCGCGCAGAUCUCGUGGGGCGAUCGCCAGACGGCUAUUAUCAUGUCUUGCGCCGUCGUUUUCCAGGCCAUUAUUAUGGGAUCCGUGUUCUUCCAAAUGGACGACUCGUCUCAGGCCCUCUUCUCGCGCAGUGGUGUUAUGUUCUUUGCCCUGCUGUAUAACAGUUUCGCGGCCAUGGCCGAAAUUCCUAACAAUUAUCGCCAGCGCCCGAUCGUUAUUCGGCACAAGCGGUUCGCUAUGCUGCGUCCCGCGGCCGACUCUCUCGCGAAUGUAUUAUUGGAUAUUCCAUCACGUUUUGUUCCUAUCAUGUUUUUCAACAUUGUGCUGUACUUCAUGUCCGGUCUAUCGUACCGUGCAGACAAGUUCUUCAUUUUCUUCUUCCUGACUUUGCUAAUCACAUACACGAUGGUGACGUUCUUCAAUGCGCUUAGCGCGUUUUUCCACAGCAUGGCACUCUCGACCAUGGCUGCGGGUCUUGUUAUUAUCGACUGCGCCCUUUACGCCGGUUUCGCUAUUCCCCGCCCGUCCAUGGUGGUUUGGUGGCGCUGGCUGUCCUACUGCAAUCCGAUCUCGUUUGGUUUCGAAAUUUUACUGGCCAAUGAGUUCCGUGAUAAGGACAUUACCUGUGCCCAAAUGAUCCCACCUUACCCGAACGCCUCUGUUGAAAACCAAGUCUGUCCUAUCGAGGGUGGUCAACCAGGUAAAUAUCAUAUUGAUGCACUCGCGUAUCUGGACAACAAAUAUGGCUAUUCCUGGGACAACACUGAUCGCAACGUGGGUAUCAUUAUCGCAUUUUACGUCUUUUGCAUUCUUGCCUACAUGGUGGCUUCCGAGUUCCAGUCGGAUCCAUCGUCUCUAGGAGGUGUCAUGGUGUUUAAGCGUGGCAAGGUUGAUAACAAGAUUUUGAAAGAGUAUGCCGAUGACCCUGAAGACGCCAUUAUUGAGCAAGAAGAGGCACGUCGCGCUAGGGGAGAGGACGAAAAAGAACACGAACAUGACACUGGUGCCCUCGAAGUAUCUGAUGAGGUAUUCAGCUGGCGCCACGUCUGCUAUGACGUCCAAAUUAAGGACCAAACGCGUCGCUUGCUUGAUGAUGUGUCUGGUUACGUUGCGCCCGGUAAGAUGACAGCCUUGAUGGGUGAGAGUGGUGCUGGUAAGACCACGCUUCUCAACGUCUUGGCCCAGCGCACCGAUGUUGGUGUUGUAACUGGCGAUUUCACUGUCAAUGGUCGGAUUCUCCCCAAGUCGUUCCAAGCCGAUACUGGCUAUUGUCAGCAGCAGGAUGUGCAUUUGGCGCAGCACACGGUGCGCGAAGCCCUGCAGUUCUCGGCGAUGCUUCGUCAGCCGCGUGAGACACCGAAAGAAGAGCGUCUGGCGUAUGUGGAAACCGUCAUCGAGCUGCUGGAAAUGCAGCGCUUCGCCGAUGCUAUUGUUGGCGAUGUGGGCCAAGGUCUAAACGUCGAGCAGCGCAAGCGACUGACGAUUGGCGUAGAGCUGGCAGCGAAGCCGAGUCUGCUGCUGUUCUUGGAUGAGCCGACGUCGGGUCUGGAUGCGCAGGCAGCAUGGUCAGUGGUGCGGUUCCUGAAGAAGCUGGCAUCGGAAGGACAGGCGAUUCUGUGUACGAUUCACCAGCCAAGCGGAGAGUUGUUCAACCAGUUUGAUCGACUUUUGCUGCUGCAGAAGGGAGGCCGGACGGCGUACUUUGGAGAUCUCGGACCGAACUCGAUGACACUGAUUCGAUACUUUGAAGAACGGAGUGGGGUCAAGUGUGGAGAGAAUGACAAUCCAGCCGAGUAUAUUUUAGACGUGAUUGGAGCCGGUGCGACAGCCACCACGGAUAAGAACUGGUUCCAACUGUACCGUGAAAGCCCACAGUACGCUGAGAUGCAAAGCGAGUUGGAUAGGCUGUCUCGCCUUGGUACAGAGGCGCCCCUUUCAGCGGAAGCCAGCUCGCGUCUUAACCGUGAGUAUGCUCAACCUUUCUUUGUUCAAGUGUCCGAGGUCGUCCGCCGUGCUUUUGUCUCAUACUGGCGUAAUCCGACGUAUGUGAUCGCUAAGCUGUUCCUGAAUACGUUUGGUGGUCUCUUUAUCGGUUCGAGUUUCUGGGGCCAGGGCGCCAAGACGUCGACAGCCAGUCUGCAAAACAAGCUGUUUGCUACGUUCAUGUCGCUAGUGCUCUCGACAUCGCUGUCGCAACAGCUUCAACCAGAGUUUAUUGAUCAGCGCAGCCUAUUUGAAGUUCGAGAACGACCCUCUAAGAUGUACAGCUGGGUGGUCUUCUUGCUUGGUCAAGCCAUCGUUGAGAUUCCAUGGAACUUUUUGGGCGGCACAUUGUUCUGGAUUCCGUGGUACUACAUGGUUCAAUUCGGCAGGGAGAGCACUCGCGCCGGUUACAGUUGGGGCUUUUACAUGCUCUUCCAGUUGUACUAUUCGUCCUUUGCACAAGCUGUGGCUACCAUCUCACCGAAUGCUAUGAUUGCAUCUAUGCUGUUUGCGACCCUCUUUUCGUUUGUCAUUGUGUUCUGUGGUGUUGUACAGCCACCGCCUCAGCUGCCCUACUUCUGGCGCAAAUGGAUGUUCCGUCUCAGUCCGUUCACGUGGAUUAUUGAGGGUAUGAUGGGUAACGUCAUACACGACCAACCUGUGCAGUGCGAGCCGAAAGAGUUCAAUGUCUUGUACCCACCAUCGGGCAUGUCGUGUGACGACUACCUGGGCGACUUUAGCUGGACGUUUGACAAGGCCCCACCGGAGUCGCGCACAGGUUACUAUGAGCAGGGUCCGAACGGCACCUGCCACUACUGUGUCAUGCGUCACGGUGAAGACUAUUUGCAAAGCAUCCUUCUCGAUUCUUCCCACCGGUACCGCGACAUCGGCUUCAUUAUUGCCUACAUCGCUUUCAACUAUGGUCUGUAUAUCUUUUUGUACUACAUAUUCCGCGUGCACAAGUGGCGUAUGCCCAAGAUCAGCAGGACCAAGGCUACUCCUCAAACUAAGAAUGAAACGGAAGGCAGCAGCAACAUGCCCGACACGAUCGAAUCCGAAAAGCAGGUGCCACCUGAGCGCAGCUAG